ACUUGGGUUGCCAUGUAUGCAAGCAGGAGCUUAGAGUAACACAGUUUGGUUAUCAAUCAACUUCAUAAACACGUUUAUAUUGAUAAAUUAUCUAAUACACAUAUAUAUAUUUAACAAACAAUAAAAAACAUCCUAAAGGAAACUGCCACAAAACAUUUUUGAUCUCAGGUCUUCGCUUUCUUUGUACAUAAUCUGGCAACCUAGCUCCAUAUUGUGCAGGGGCGGUGCUUUCGUCUCACAGUAGUUUCUGGAACCUCAUGGUUAUACCAUGGAGAAAGUGUCACAGUUGAAGGAUCAGGGCAACAAGGCACUGAGUGCCGGGAAGAUCGACGAGGCCAUACGCUGCUACACAGAAGCGUUGGCCCUCGAUCCCUCAAACCAUGUCCUCUUCAGCAACCGCUCGGCUGCCCAUGCCAAGAAGGGCAACUACGAGAGUGCUCUGGAGGACGCCUGUCAGACCAUCAAGAUUAAACCUGACUGGGGAAAGGGCUACUCAAGGAAAGCGGCAGCCCAGGAGUUCCUUGGACAGUUUGAGGAUGCAAAAUUGACGUACCAAGAGGGAUUCAGACAGGAGCCCACUAAUCAGCAGCUGAAGGAGGGGCUGCAGAACAUAGAAGCCCGGUUAGCAGAAAAAAAGAUGAUGAACCCCUUCUCCAUGCCCAACAUGUUUGAAAAGCUGGAGAGCGACUCUCGAACCCAUGCCCUGAUGAAAGAUCCAGAGUACAGAGCGCUUUUGGAGCAGCUCAGGGAUAAACCGUCUAUGCUUGGCUCGAAGCUCCAGGACCCUAGAGUAAUGACCACCCUGUCGGUCCUGCUGGGGUUAGACUUGGCUGGCAUGGAUGAAGAGGAAGAGCCUACUCCUCCCCCACCUCCCAAACCCAAAGAGACUCAGCCACCCCCUCCCAAAGAGGAAGACUUGCCUGCGAACAAGAGACAAGCUCUAAAGGAGAAGGAGCUGGGCAACGAGGCGUACAAGAAAAAAGACUUUACCACUGCACUGGAACAUUAUGAAGAAGCCCUCAAGCAUGACCCAACCAACAUGACAUAUCUUUCUAACCAAGCAGCUGUGUUCUUUGAGAAGGCUGAGUAUGAGAUGUGCAGGGAGCUGUGUGACAAGGCCAUCGAGGUGGGCAGAGAGAACCGGGAGGACUACAGACACAUUGCCAAGGCCUUGGCUAGGGUUGGCAACUCAUACUUCAAGCAGGAGAAAUACAAGGAAGCAGUUCAGUUUUACAACAAGAGUCUGACAGAGCAUCGUACCCCUGAUGUCCUUAAGAAGUGCCAGCAGGCGGAGAAGGUAUUGAAGGAGCAGGAGAAGCUGGCCUACAUCAACCCAGAUCAGGCCUUGGAAGAGAAGAACAAGGGCAACGAGUCCUUCCAGAAAGGAGACUAUCCUUCAGCCAUGAGACAUUACUCUGAGGCCAUCAAGAGGAACCCCAAUGACGCCAAGCUCUUCAGCAACAGAGCUGCCUGCUACACGAAGCUGCUGGAGUUCCAGCUUGCCCUAAAGGAUUGUGAGGACUGUAUCAAACUUGAUCCUACCUUCAUAAAAGGGUACACGCGCAAGGCCGCUGCUUUGGAGGCCAUGAAAGAUUUCUCUAAAGCGAUGGUUGCCUACGAGAAGGCUCUGGAGCUGGACUCUACUUCCAAGGAGGCCACGGAGGGCAUCCAGCGCUGCAUGAUGAGCCAGCACGUGAGGAAUGACGACAGUCCAGAGGACGUGAAGAGGAGGGCCAUGGCUGACCCGGAGGUGCAGCAGAUCAUGAGUGACCCAGCCAUGCGCAUGAUACUAGAGCAGAUGCAGAAGGACCCACAGGCACUCAGCGAUCACCUUAAGAAUCCAGGCAUUGCUCAGAAGAUCCAGAAACUGAUAGAUGUGGGACUGAUAGCCAUCCGGUGAUGAGUGAGGAGAACAGGGCCAGAACCCAUGAAGAACCAACCGCAAGACCAGAGGAUCAAGAUGCCAUUCCCUUAAGAUAUAACCCCCCCCCCUCUCCCUUAUACCCUCAAAAUGAUACUGUAUGCCAUCUCGCCCAAACUUCAACCAACAAAGGGUUUCAUUUUCUUUGUCCAUUUUUACGGCCUUAAUGAAAUUGUACUUAGUGUCUUCCUCAUCACAGAACUCUCUGAAACAAAUCAUUUGAUUGGGCAAACUUAUCAAACACCUAUUACUGGAGCAGCAGACCAGGCUAGAGCUUUGGUUGGCACAAUGACACUGCAUUCAUAUCAGUGCUGCAGCUUAUAACAAAACAAGUAAAGUUCUAUUUGGGUGUUGAACCAUGAUGUCAAGGUGCAAUAUGACUGCUUCAUUUUUCUCUUCCUUUGUUUAUUUUAAGACCUGCUGAGACCAGCAGCCUUAAAUAACUGUGUAGGGCGCCUGACUAAGAUUUCUCCCUUUCUGGACAGGAUAUCUUUCAUAAAUUCAGGUCAAUGUAGUUGUGCUACUGGUGUACAGGCUUACGAGCUCACAAUACUGUGCUUUCCAGAUCUUUAGAAAUGAAUGUUGCUUGGUCAUAGAAGUACUGAUCUUGGGAUCCGCAUUGGAUUACAGCUGUGGAAGUUAAAUGGUGAUUUAACUUUUUUGAAUAUCUUCUCUUGUCAUUAAACCCCUUUGACUGGUAAUACAGAGCAGAGAGAAGUAUCAUCUCUAGUUGGCGCUUGUAUUAAAGCUCUUCUGCUUCACAUGGUGCACAAAAAAUCUGCCAGCCAACAACUGCAGGAUAUUGUUUCUUAAGACCUUUAAUGUCAUACUCAAGGAUGUUUUGUUUGUCAGGUUCUGACAGUAAUGUGGGAGGGUUGUGUUAAAAUAUAUGUACUGUUCCCCAAGCUUAUUUUUUUUCUUUCACAUUUCACCAUAGCCUUGCUAUGCUAGAGUUCUUCAGGACUCUGGGUGCCAGUAGACUAGACAUGGCAGAUUUGAGUCUGUGAUUACACAACCAGUCCAUUAUCAGAAGUGGCACCCACACAUGCUUUAUGUCAAGACAAAUCCCCAGAAGUGUAAUGUACAAGUGAAAUUGAAUCCUGUUCUGCAAAAUAUAUCUGAAUGUAUUUUUAAGUUAA